CCUGGACCCUUCGCCACCGCAUGGAGCCCAAUGUAUCUGGCAACGCCUGCACCCCGGGACUAGGACCAGGACCGGGGCUGGGCGGGGGGCUUCGCCCUGGGCCGUAUGCCAGUCACUUCUCUGCUCCAGUGACCGCGCUGCUGGCCGCGCUUAUGGCGCUCCUGGCUCUGGCCACAGUACUGGGCAACGCGCUCGUGGUGGUGGCCUUCGCGGUGGACCGCAGCCUGCGCUCACGCGGCAACUUCUUCUUCCUCAACUUGGCGGUCGCGGACUUGCUGGUGGGCGGCUUCUGCAUCCCGCUGUACAUCCCCUACAUCCUGACUGGCGAGUGGAAGUUUGGGAAGGGGCUGUGUAAAUUGUGGUUGGUGACCGAUUAUCUGGUGUGCACCGCCUCGGUCUUCAACAUCGUCCUCAUCAGCUACGACAGGUUCAUCUCUGUCACCAGGGCGGUGACGUACAGGGCUCAGAAGGGCAUGACAAGGAAUGCUAUCUUCAAGAUGGCACUGGUGUGGGUGGCAGCAUUCCUUCUCUAUGGGCCUGCCAUCAUCAGCUGGGAAUAUGUGGCCAAAAGAAGCAUCCUGCCCCGGGGGGAGUGCUAUGCUGAGUUCUUCUACAACUGGUACUUCCUGAUGACAGCCUCCAUCAUUGAAUUCUUCACACCCUUUAUCAGUGUCACUUACUUCAACUUGAGCAUCUAUAUCAACAUUCAGAAGCGCAACUCUCUGAGGAAUGACUAUACUGCCUCCAACCAAGAUGGCUUGGAGAUGAACUUCUGGGGGAGAAAAAAGAAGCACAUCAUAUUUUUUGUUAAACCUACUGAAAGGAGAAGCAAGAAGAGGAAAGACCAGGGCUUCUCCACCAAGCAAAAGGAUCUUUCCUUGGAUGUGCCUGGGACUCAAGAUCUACCACCUCUGCAGGUAGACCUCAGAACCAAAGCAGCUCGGCGACGGCAGAGCCACUACAGGCCCAGUGAAAGCAUCUGCAAUGCUGAAAGGCAGUCAGAUCUUGCCAGCACCGUGGCCAAUCGCCUGCGGCUCUCCCGGGAUAAGCGAGUGGCCAAGUCACUGGCCAUCAUUGUGUGUGUAUUUGGCCUGUGCUGGGCUCCCUACACUUUGCUCAUGAUCAUCCGAGCAGCCUGUCAUGGAACGUGCAUCCAGCACUCCCUCUAUGAGACAUCCUUCUGGCUCCUCUGGCUGAAUUCAGCUAUCAACCCUAUUCUGUACCCACUCUGCCACAUGAGUUUCAGAAAAGCGUUCAUCAAAUUGCUGUGCCCUGGAAAGGCCAAGAUCCACCCUCAUAUGUACAUGUGACAGAAAUGCCUCUUGUGCCGGAUUACCUAAGUCCUACACUCCACGAAGAAAAGGCAACCACACUUUCCUAAGCCACUGCCACUCACUCCACCUUAGUCUUUGCCACGAGGAAACAUGGAACCCAUAUAAGAAACAAUUUCCUCCAAGUAUAAUAUUUUUAAAACAUUGAUUAUGGAACUGUCAUCUAGGGCUUUGGGGGAGAUUUGUUUUGUUUUGCAGUGCUGGGUCUCUAACCCAGGGCCUUGUGCAUGCUAGGUAGGGCAUUGUUGAUUCAAAAAUUUGUUCCCUGAAUCAGCAGCAUGGGGAUUACCUGAGAGUUUAUUAGCACUCUCUGGCUGCACCCCAGACCUGCUGAAUCUCAGAAUCUGCGUUUUAACAAGUUCCUUGAGUGAUCUGUAUGUUUAAUAAAGUUUGAGAAGCAUUGAUCCAGGGGAUGUGUAAAGGGAUAAAAAUGGUUGAAAAAAAAAUGAUUUUGUAAUACCUCCUGUGGAGUCAUCCUACUUAAGGCUUAAAAUUGCUGAGGCUUAAGUUUAUGUUAAUUUUAUCAAAUUUUCACACACUAUUCUAUCAAUAUAUUUUACCUGUUGAUAAGGCUAUCCAGUUUAAACAUGCAGCUUUUGUUCAUAGUAGUAUAUGAGAGUAUUCCAUCACCUUUAUGCAUAUAAAGACAAGACUUGAAAAAUGGUAAAAUCUGGUUUUACAAAAUAUACCAAAUUUUGUAUCUUACAUUUAUACAGACAUACCAGACAAAUGUAAAUGCAAGAGAUUAACUAGGAAUAUGACUCAGUGGUGGAGUGCUUGCCUAGCAUGCACAAAGCCCUGGGUUUGAUUCCCAGUACCACCACCAAAAAAAAUUUAAAUUAAAAAAAAAGUUCUCAAAUACUAGAGAUUAUAUCUAAUGGCGAUGAAACCUCCAAAGGGUUUACUAGUUCGCUUGUUUUGAUAUUGGGAACCACUGAUUCUUUGCUACUGACAUAUAUCCCCAGUCCUUUUAAUUUUUCCUCAAACUUGUGAUCCUCCUGCCUCAGCCUCCUGAGUCUCUAGGAUUACAGGCAUGAGCCACCACACCCAGCUUCACAGGUUCUUUGUAGAUGCACUUGGUUCUUACUGAUGAGAGAAAAUGGAUUUAAGUCAUAACAUAAUACUUAGUCAUAGGAAGACAUUUCUGGCCUAAAGCUAAUAAAACACUGCAAUGAGUGGUAAAACAGUCUCUCCAGAGAUUUGGGAAGCAUUGGUUCAGUUUUGUUGGUACACUGCAGGGUGACAUAAAGAAAUGAACAGCAAUAUGAGAGCUAUCCCACCUCACUUUCAAAUGAUUUGUUUUAAAUUAAUACAAGCCAGGAAGCUUUUCUUUAAUCAAACCUGGGUAACUGAAGUGUGCAGCAAAUGUGUAGAUAGUGGCAAUUGAAACAUGGUCUGCCUUCCAUUCCCCGGGCACCUCCAUAGGGCCAACCCUAGAAAGCAGGAAGACUUCCUUCUCCAGAGAUUUCUCCAUCCAGCACCUUUCAUGGACAAUAUGUAGCCUGGAAUUCCCAUCAAUAAAGAAAAUUUUGUUGAAAAAUCCUUUCAAAUCUAUUCUGCUUGGAAUUAUUACCUUAGAUUCUCAGAGAUAGCAAAUGGGAUGGAA